GGUUGAGAAAUUGAGGCUUUAUUAUUGAGAUGGAAAGCUUUCCAUCAAAUUCAAUGGUGAAAAGAAGCUGUCUUGUGCUUCUUAGGGUUCUAACCUCUGUGUGCUUAUUGAUAGCUCUCAUCAUCAUUGCUGUAACCAGUCAAACUGUAGGUGGAGCUAAGUUCAAGUUCAACGAUGUUCACUCUUUUAGAUAUAUGCUGGCGAUAAUAGUCAUUGGGUUUGUGUAUACCCUUAUUCAAACCUCAUUUUCCAUCUUCAGCAUUGUCUCAAGAGACUCUCAAUUCAAGGGCAAUGGUGUCUACAUAUUUAAUUUCUAUGCUGACAAGGUAAUAUCGUACCUGUUAAUGUCCGGUGCAGCAGCAGGAUUUGGGGCAUCCCAGGAUGUGCACAGAAUAUUCGACGACACACUGAAUUUGAACCUUGACGACUUUUUUGCCAAAGCAAAUGCAUCUGCUAGCUUACUUCUCAUAGCAUUCCUAUGUUCUGCUAUAGCAUCUAUUUUCUCUUCCUACGAAUUGCCUAGGUAGUAUUGCCAUUGGCUUUUAUGGAUUUGAGUCCUUUAUUAAUGCUUUCAAGGUAACAUGUUUCACAAGUACUUUUUUAGAAUAAAAUCUUGUAAGAGAAAAG